AUGAGUGAGGCUAGUAUAGAUGAUGCGGUUUCUGUGAAGUUUGAUGGAAUGGUACAGGAAGGAAAAAACAAAACAAAGAUAUGUUGUCAAAGAUGUUCAUCUGUCAUUCUUCUACCUCAGAAAGCCAGUAUGAAGGAAAAAGAGUUAUUUCUUCCACACAUGAAGAAGAAGCCAAAUGCAGCACCAAAAGAUGGAGAAACUUUGAAUAAAUUCUGGUUGGUGGAUGAUAUGUUUACAUUUGAAAACCUUGGUUUCACAAACACUGUAGAUAACAUCAAAUACCUAAUAUGUGCUGACUGUGAAGUGGGACCAAUAGGAGUGCAUGACAUACGACAAAAUAAACAAUUCUACAUUGCACUGGACCGUGUUAGACAUGAGGACUACUAA